GCGAAAUGUUUGAUCGAUCCUUCUUCCCAGUGGGAAUACGGUAUGCCUGGCACGGAAUCAACAUUGUGGAAAAAAGGCCCAAAAUUUGAUCAACUUUGGCGACACCGUGCGUUUUUGGAAAAUAUUGUUGCUGCGACUCACGGCAGGGUUCUUCUACAUGCGGCCUGGUACUCAGCGUUGACAGCACACUUCAAAGGGCAGAUCUCGAGCGAUGCUGUUCUCAAGAUGGCAUAUAGAAGCAGGGCUAUGAUUGCACACCUCAGGGACUGCAAAAGAGAUGGGAAACGAGCACCUCGGCGCUACGCGAAACUACAAGGACUCAUUGAUGAUAUGCAGGUUCAGAUCGAGCCCAAGACGGGCAAACGUACAUCCACAGAGCUCGCCAUGCAGGAGGUGAGCGACGAAGUCAUCGAGGUGACACCGAUUAAGAAGGAGAAGGUACCGACCGUCAACGUGGACAGCAACUCCGACGCCGAGUACGAUUUCAAGCUCUUCAAAAGUGCAACUGGCCAUGCAACCAGGUCACCAGCCACAUCAAGUGGUGCUCACGGUGUCGACGUCGACGCAUUGGUCAAGCAGACAGCAACUAUUCCAGGUAUCGACCCGCGGACUGGUAACAAGAACUUUGGCUGGGGCGAUGGAACGGAAUUGAAGAAACGGCCAGCUGCUGCGAUGAGGCGGCCAGCAGGAGUCGCCGAGAAGCCAGCGUCGCACGAGGAUCCGACCAACAUGAAAAAAACCAGCGGCUGCGGACAAGAUCGAUGACACCGUGGAGAAUACAUACAAGUCGAGUGUGACAAAUCGCGUGUACAGCUCUGCCUACUGCAAGGCGCUCACGAUCGCCAAGAAAACACAUUGCGCAGCUGUGGCUAGGGUCAAAGCCAGGCUUGCUGGCAGACAGGCCGUGGCUCUCCACUUCGGCACAGGCGCGGCUCACCAAGAGUAGACGAACAACAGGAGCAUGCCCCU